AUGUAUUUUCGUAAGGAAUCGGGACCAGUGGUUGGAAUCCGAAUUAAUAUCGGAACGAUUCUGCUGCCGAACCAGGACGUCUAUGAAAAUAUUCUGCGGUAUGCGGUGAAAAAUUUCGACAGUCCCCUGUUCGACGUUCGACUAGUGACCAUGAAGCUCAGUAGCGUGGACUUCGUCCAGAUCAACAUGAAAGUAUGCCAGAUGAUGCGUGAAGGGGUUCUGGCCUUCCUGGUUGCACCCGACGCGGCGCCGGCGUUGAGGGAAAUGCUCAUCUCAUACUCAUCUCACUUCCACAUUCCCCUCGCAACUUCACUUUCUCCCAGGAGUUUCACUCGGAGCGAAUACGCCAUUUCCACGCAGGUGUCGGUUGCCGAAGCCACGGCGUCUCUCCUACGCCGCUACAGGUGGUCGCAGGUCGCCUACGUCUACGAUGACUCAGCCUCCCCCGAUAUUCUAGAGGCAAUCCAGAACUCUGGAGUGAAGAUUUCCAUUAUGAAGAAGGUGAACACUGAAGCAGAAGCGAGUGACGCGGUUCUGGAGCUGUCGUCCCUGGGUCGGCUCAAGCCCGAAAAAAUAGAAAAAAUCGUUCUCAACGUCAACCGACCCAGUCUGGCCAAGACAGUGCUGUCUGGAAUGAUCAGGGAAGUCAAGAGCUUCAAGAACCUCAACACGCAGUUCAUAUUCGCCAAUCCGGUAUCCGAUGACUUCUGGCAGUACAUCCGUUUCCGUGACGCCGGAAGCAGUCUGAACGUGACCGCCUUCCGGCUCGUGGAUUCCGAGUUGCCGCACGUCACCCGCUUCCACAAACAGAUGAUGCAGUUAUCGUCCCAUAGAUCCCUGUUCCACAACCAAGGCACCCAGUCGUACCUCUUCUUGGACGCGGUGACUGCGCUCCUUACCGGCUUCGAACGUGUCCUCCGAGAAAACCCUCGACUCCUGGAUAAAAAUCUUCGACACCAUCCCGGAUCAGUUUACUUCAACGGCACUAAGGGACUCGAUUGCAUGGACCAGUCCCGCUAUUUCGAACAUGGAAAGUUCCUCGCCGGCUUCAUGAAAGACGUCAAAAUACCUCAGGGCCAAUCAGGACCUGUCGAGUUUCACAACAACGGUGAAAGAACGCAGCCGACUAUAACAGUCAUCCAGGGUUCGCACAAAGGACAUGUGCGUCUCGGUACCUGGACGCCGAAAAAAGGACUCAUGCUCGCCGACAAACCGGAAGCUCUCCCGCAAAUAAAAGCCCCGGGAGCUAUCACACCCGCCAAGGAACUGAGCGUCGGAAGUGUGUUGAACGUCCCGUAUCUCACGCAACGCCAACCGGAGGGCGAGUUUUCCGGCUUCGUGCCAGACUUCCUUGAAGCGCUGUCCAACGUCGUUCCCUUCGCCUAUAAGAUUCAAGCGAUCCGACAUCGAGACUAUGGACGCCGCUCCGAGAAUGGAACGUGGAGCGGACUGAUGGCGGAAGUCGUCAACAAGAAAGUGGAAAUCGCUGUUGCGGAUAUGGCUCUCACGGUUGAUCGUCAAGAGGCCGUAGAGUUCACUCAGCCGUUCUUCAUCGAUGAUUUGGCUGUCGUGAUGGCGCGCUCCACACCUGCAGGGCGUCCCUCGCUGUCGUUCUUCUUCGUGCGCGUGUUCUCCUGGCAGCUGUGGCUAUGUAUCCUGGCCAUCCUGCUGGUGUUCGUCACGUUCACCUACAUCCUGAACUACAUGUCGCAGACUCGACUCCGUAACAGCGCUGAGAAAAAUCGUCUUGCGGGACUCAUGUGGUACACGUUUGCAUCACUGUUCGGUCGUUCGCUCGGUCCGCACGUCAACUCGAAAGCCUACAAGCUUCUUCUCCUGUCGUGGUGGCUGUUCCUCGCCGUAAUUACGGUGACGUACCUAUCGGCGUGCAUUGCGUUGCUCCAGGCGGUUCUAUUCGGCAAUGGGCCAGACGUUUUCAACAGGAACAAAUUUGCUCGGGAUGCUGCGGAUGGAGUUGUCGACGUUGGAUACAUGCGUUACGAUGCUGUCGAGAAGAUGAUCAAGAACCAAGGCGACAACCAACUCUCCGAGUAUUCGCAGCUUCUGAACUCUUCACGUGCUCGUGUGGUGUCGUCUAUCGCUGAAGGCAUCCGGAACGUUGGUCCGAACUUCGCUUUCCUCGGGCUCAAGUCGCAAGUGGACUCGUAUAAUCAGAACGAUUGCGCCCUUAGAUCCUACACCCUCAUCCCACAGUUCGCCCAGUACGCCAUCGUUAUGCCGAAGAUGUCGCCUUAUCGAGAUAUGUUCAACCAGGGUAUAGAGAAGCUGCGCGAAUCAGGUGUCCUCGCCGACCUCAAGGAGAAGUGGAUUGACUCUCUAGCACGCUGUCCUCGUGAAAUUGAGGUUCUUGAGAUCCCUGCGCCGAUUAAGUACACCGCCCUGUGCGGGAUGUUCAUAGUCGUACUCGCCGGUUUCAUCCUGGCCCUCGCUGCCGGUGUGGUUGAGUUCUGCUGGUGCACGAGCAGAGAUUCAAAAAGUGAGAAACCAAUUCAGAAAGUGAUGUGGGACAAGACACACGAUUCGCUUAAGCCGUUCACCCAAAAGGACCCCGCUUUGGGAAAUGACGAAGAAAUGACUUUGAAUGCAAGUCAAGCUAACGGAACUCCCAAACAAGUCCGGGUCAUGGUUUAAGUUUCCUGCGGUUUCACCUGGUUUGAGCUCCGCUCGAAUGCCUUGCUUCCCGCUAUUCCCGCCUUUCAUUAAAAUUCAAUGAAGCCAUAAGCUGAGAGAAACAGCUCCACACCGAUCGGAGAUUCGGUGUCUCAUCGAGAUCAUUAGCCAUAUACACUGUAAUCACGCUUUUGUGAACCUGCGGAUGUACUUAUCAAUGAGCGUCGGAAAGCCGAAUGAUCCCGUGAACUCAUCGUUCCCGAGUCGCCUAUCCCUUGGUCUCCCAUCAUACAUACCGACCAUCCCGGGUUUCGGAACUCAAGCACUUCAUGUACGAGUCAUCUGCUGGAUCUCUCCACCCAAUAGCAAACCUCCACAGAUCCGCCCAUCUUCCGACCUGUUCAAUUUUCCCCGAUCAUACAGGACCCGUUGCCUGAGCAAUGCUCGAAAUCACUCGGCAGGAGCGUUGCGGAGGUGAAGAGAGACAUUACUCGUUUGUCGCUAUCCUCGCGGUUGUGAGAGAGCGCGGUCCUAGGAGAAAAUUGUGAAUAAUCAUCCUUAGGCGAAUCUAAAAUGUUCCGGGAUGCCUAUCGCUGGGUAAUCGAUCAUUGACUCCGUAGCUCCCAAAAUAGCGCGUGUCAACAGAGACACCACCGACUGAGAGAGUUAAAGAGUGAAUGGACGAC